UGCUGCCUUCGCCCCAUUCGCCCCCCCCAGCCUGGAAGCGCUGCUGGAACUGACCCAGCUCCCCGACGCCGCCCCCCGCGCCGCCUCCUACGAGGCCCUGGGCAGCCUUUUGGGGGUCAUUUCCGGGACGGACCGGGCGUUACGGGCGCUGAUGGAGGCGGUACGGAAGGAAGAAGGGGCGCCCGCGGCCGCCGCGGCGCUGGAGGCGUUGGGGAAAGGAUUGGGACCCCAAACGCCCCCCGACUUACGCGGCCCCAUCGCCCGCCUGCUCGCCGACACCAUCCUGGGCAAGCUGCCGUGUCAGAAGGACGAGAGCGAGGAGGAGGAGGCGCUGCUGGUGCUGGCGGGGGAUGGGCUGGUGGCGCUGCAGGUGGGGGAGGGGCUGCUGCGGGAGCUCCUGCCCGUGCUGCUGGACGGACUGCGCCCGUGCCGCGCCGUGGGUCGCCGCUGUUGGUCGUCGGGGCUGCUGGCGCUGCUCUGCCCCACACUUGGGGGUCUGGAGGGGCUCCGCGUGGGCCCCGCGCUGGGGGGGGCCCUGAGGGACACCGAACCCUCCGUGAGAGCCAACGCCCUCUGCGCCGUGGGGCGCCUCCCCCUUUGGGCUCCGGGCCGAGCGUUGGUGCUCCGAGCGCUGUGCGAGGAGGAACCGGGAAGGGUGAGGGACAACGCCUGCGCGGCACUGGUGCGGAACUGGGAGCACUGGGAGAGCCCUGAGGCGCUGGGGCUGUUGCUGCGGGCGCUGCCGAUCUCGGAGGACCUCGAGGAGGAAUCACCGGUGCUGGAGGGGCUCCUGCGGCUGCACCGGGGGCGCCCGCGCGCGCUGUGGCCCCACGCGGCCGAGCUGCCCCGGGCCUGCGCCAACGCCGUGGGGAGCGACCGCCUGAGCCCGGAGCUGCGGGAGGCGCUGCUGGCGCUGCUGCGCGAGGUGUGGGGGCGGCUGCCCCACGGCGUUCCAGGAGGGGCUCCACCGCCUGCCCCACGGCGAGGCCCAGCGCCUGCGCCAGGCCCUGGAGGCGGUGGGGCCGUGACUCUCUCCCCCCCCCACUUCCGGUGUGACGUCACCGCGGCGGAGCAAUAAACGGCUCCUCCCCCCCGGAAGUGGGGGAGAGGGGCGUUCCCGGAAGUGCCCGGGGCGGUACCGGAAGUGCCGCGGCUCAGAGCGGGGGGGGCCCGCGCGGCCCCGAGCGCAGCGCGAUCGGCCCGAAGGGGCGGGGCUGGAAC